AUGUCCGUCCUCCCACCGGAGAUCCUCCAUCAUAUUCUUGGCCUCACGACUCCCAGCUGGCGAUGGGGCUGGCUCUGGAAAGAUAGGAGGGAGCGGAUGUUCGACCGCUCAGAUUUAUUUUGGUUUUUGAACUUACGCCUCGUCAAUAAGCAAUUCGACGAUAUCGUGAUCCACCAUUUCCUCGCAGCAAUUAGAGCCGGACUCAUCUGUAGCGACCUUCCCAUUCGCCGCGGGCCGCCGACCUACUCGACGAUGGCAAUGGGAAGACGAAUACUGUGGUCAGCUGGGUGUCGAAAUCGUGGCCUUCAAGGGUUAGCGACGAGAAGUGUCCACCCACUUAUCAACACUAUCAAUGCGGGGGUGGAUGAGGUCGUUGAGCUUUUCUCGCGGAGGAGCCAAAUGCAACCCGAGGUUCUCCAAACGACCUAUGUAAAGGGAAUGAUAUCGAUGUUUGUCGGACUGACGGGGAUUAAUUUGAUCGAUCACCUUCAGGCUCAGAGAGGGGAUGGAAGAGGGACUGCAAUUCUAGAUGGCCUGGACCCCGAGAGAGAGGGGGGAAAGAGAGCCGCGUUGAUGGCGGCUGCAUAUUUGGGCAGAAUCGAUGAUAUGGAGGCACUGCUUGUGUGGUGUAUACAAAAUACUGCCGAUUUGGAUAAAUGGCUCCAUUUGCCGCUUAUGGCGGCUGCUUUCGGCAGACAGGUGGACAUCAUACGGUUUCUGCUCAAUAGGGGAGUUGACGGGAAUGCGCGGACUGUCGAAAAUGGGGAUACUGCGAUGCAUUUUGCUGCCUUGGCAGGUCAUGUAGCCCUUGUCGAGUAUCUUCUAGGGAUUGGGGUGGAGGCUGAUGUGGUGAACAAUGCUGGGCACACGCCGCUUCAUUGGACUGCCGGGAGAGGACACGCGGGUGUUGUGAGGAUGCUCUUGAUGACGGAAGAGGUGGACGUCAAUUUACAGGAUCGUCUGGGGAGAGCGCCACUAAUCUGGGCCGCGGCAAGAGGGUUUGACAAUGUGGUGAAGGAGCUGUUACAGAGGGAAGAAAUCGACGUCGAUCUCGCGGACGGGGACGCAGAAGUUACUGAGGUGACUCCAUUAGCCGUGGCUGCGGUGAUGGGCAAGGAAGACUCUUCUACAGCCUCUUCCAUCAUCCGAAGGUUGACAGAGAGGGAUACACGGUCUUUCGACGAGCACUGA